UUCCAAUCUCGUCCAUAGUUGUUUACUUGUUCUCAUAUUCUUACAAUAAAAACAAGCCGUGGUUUUUGUGGUUUAUGCACGCCAUUAUUGUCAGCUAGCUAGCUACUGUGUGCUGUUUGCGUUUUCGAUCGGAAGCUACGUUGUCGCCAUGUCGACGGUUCAGAGCGGCACGGCGGCGGCGCCGGCGGUGGAGGAUCCGAGCAAGCACUGGUCGCGGCACGGCCCUUUGCUGACGGGCUGCGUCGUCGGGCUUAACUUGCUCAUGGUCCUGCUCAUCCUCUUCUACUUCUGGCGGUUCUUCUCCGGGAAGCGAGGGCCGCCGUCGUCCAUGGCCGGCGGGGCGGACGAGGAGGAGGAGGAGGCGGGCGAGGGCGACACCUCGCCGGAGGGUUCUCCGAGGGAGUCCUGGCAUGAGCUGCGGUGGUGGCCGGCGACGGCGAGGCAAGCGGAGGAGGAAGAGGAGGACAUCGCGUCGUCCCUGCCAGUGUCCGUGUACUCCGCCGCCUCCGACGGCGCCGGCGGCGGCCAGCAGCAGCCCGGGAAGGCGGCGGCGGAGUGCGCGGUGUGCAUCGUGGAGUUCCGCGACGGCGACAGGGCCCGCCUCCUCCCGCGGUGCGGCCACCGAUUCCAUGCCGACUGCGUCGGCCCGUGGCUGCGGCUCCACUCCACCUGCCCGCUCUGCCGCGCCAGCGUGCUCCCACCCGCCGCCGCCUCCUCCGACCAGCCCAAGAACGUCCCGAAAGAGGCCGCCACGGCUGGCGAGGGUGACGACUGCCCGGUGUGAGGCCGGAGCUGGAGGUGGAGGAUCGAUCGAGCACGCAACACACGAAGGGCGGCGCCGGCGCCGGCCGCGCCGGGCGAGAAGGCGACAAGCAACUUUCGGCGGCACGCAUCGGCAUCGCUGUCCACAUUGGGAAAAUGUUGGUGACGAGAGUUUAGUUUGAUUCGACUCGUACGGCCGCUUUUGUUUUCACCUUCAUCUUCUUCGAUCUCGAUCUCUCUAGCUAGCUUGCUAAUUAGUUUGUUAAGUACUCUACACUUUUGAUGCAUUAGUUAGUGUAUACAUGAUUGGAGUUGUGUAGCACUGUAGCUUGUGUGUAUGAUAGUAUAUGUAAAUUUUCAUGGAUUCCUUCAUGAAUGUCAGAAAGAAUCAGUACUGAAGCGU